AUGAAAAACAAGGAAAAAGGUAAAACGGCUUUAUCUGCUCGUAACCCAUAUCAGCCAGAGCGUCUGGAAACUAGGGAAGCUUACAUUAAUCUAAAUUCAACCCACUGGAGUAGUUCUGAACCAGAAAAGAAAAGAAAAGAAAAGAAAAUGAGGGCUUCGAUCAAACGUCCUCCAACCCCAGACGCAGAUGAAGAACAAGAUCGUCAGCCCAAUCUCCAAGAAGUCAUCAACAUGAAGUUGAUAGAGAGUGGGGAGAAGGAACGAUUGAAGGAGCUUUUGAGGGAGAGACUUAUAGAAUGUGGUUGGCGGGAUGAAAUGAAAUCUCUUUGCAGGGCAUUUACAAGGAAGAAAGGAAGGAAUAACGUGACACUAGACGACCUUGUUCAUGUCAUCACCCCAAAAGGCAGAGCUUCUGUUCCAGAUUCUGUAAAAGCUGAGCUGCUUCAGCGAAUCCGAUCUUUUCUGGCAUCGGCUGUUCCUUGAUUGGAACAUAGCCAUUACCAGUUGGAAGUCAAUGAUUGAAAGACACAUUUCACUUAACUGCUUUGGCAGCUUUUCUGCCAAACCAAUCCGCUCUAUGAUCUGAAAUCUGUUGUGAAAGUGUUGUUGAAUUAGCUCUUCUGAAAUGAGAUUGUGUCUGAACCUACACCUACUGGUUUACUACACUUGUAGGAGAUUUAAAUGCAGACUAUGCCGCUCAGGAGUCAGUACUAUUGUCUUGUAUUGGAAUUACAUUUAUAAUGUGCAGUGUGCAGUAUACCAUUAACCUGUCAAUUAAUCUGUUUAUACACUCCCUUUAAUGGGUUGAAGGAG